AUGAGCCUCAGCACAGACGCAGACGUAGCCGCGGCCGAGGGCGACCUCGCGGCGCUGCGCGUGCACGCGGACCGCCUCGCGGACGGCUUCGUGAAACGGCGCCUGGCCCGGCACCUCGAAACCGUCGCGGACGAGGUCGCCGCGGCGCGGCGCGCGCUCGCGGCGGCCGCCGGCGACGCGCCCACGUCCGCGGCGGCGGCGGCCGCACGGACAGAGGCGCGGCGGGCCCUGGCGGCCGCCGCGGGCGCCGGGGUCCCGCGCUCGCCGGCCGAGGCGACGGCCGUCGCGCUGCACUUCGCGCUCCUCGCGGUCGCCGGCGAUUCGCUCCGGGCCGUCGGCGCCGGCGCCGCGGCCGCGGUGCCCGGCUUCGCGCCGCGCGCGAGCGAGCUCCCCGCGGCGAACCGGCUGCCCGCGGACUGGCGGCGCGACGACGGCGGUCGCUUCCAGUAUCGAUCGACGAGCGGCGAGGCGCUGGAGCUCGCGCUCGACGCGGCGCGGGGCGUGCUGCGCGUCGCGCUCGCAUCGCGGACGCGCGGCGUGCUCCACUCGGGCGAGCUCGCCGUCGGCGCCGACGCCGCGGACGGCCUCCUCGCCCUCGCCGACUUCGAGCGCCUCGCGGCCUACGCGCGGGGCGUCCUGCCGCGGCUCGCGGCGCCGGCGCCGGCGCCCGCGCCGGCGCCGCGGCGCCCGCCGGCGCCCGCCGUCCCCGGCUUCGCGCCCGCGGCGCCGCGGCGGCCGGCGCCGCCGGCGCCCCUCGCGCCGUACCCCGACGACGGCUCGGGCCUGCUCGUCGGCCCGGGCCACCCGGCCUUCGGCGGCGGCGCCGUCGACCCCCUCGGCGCCGGCCGUUUCCGGCCCCGCUUCGACCCCAUCGGCCCCGGCGGCCCGGGCAUUCCCGGACCCUUCGGCCCGGGCGGCCUCGCGGGGCCGCGGCGCCCGCGCCUGCCGGGCGAGCCGGACGACGACCACCUCCGCGUCCCCGGGCGGCCGGGCGACGGCUUCGGCGGCGGCGACCCGUUCAUCUAG